AUGUUCGCACCAAGAAUUGAAAAAAACGAAACUAUUGAUAGUUAUAUGGAUCUUAUCUAUAGGCCUUUAUUACAAGAUAAUAUUUUAGAAAAUGUUGAAGACGAUGAUGAUUCAAGUUCUAUAAGUCGAGGUAGAGGAAGGGGUCGAGCUAGAGGUCGGGUCAGAGGUCGUGGUAGAGCAAGCACAGAAAAUCUCACUCAAAAUGUCUGCGCAGCUAUAUAUCUUUCAUUAGAUAAAUUAUGGGAAGUACCAAAUGAACUAUCUUUAAUUGCAACGAUUUUGGAUCCACGAAUGAAAAGUUUUCCGUUUAUAAAUGAUUCUGAUC